AUAACCAAACUGACACGUGGGCAUAGAUAAGCAGCGAAAAGAACACGAGACCCGCACUUGGCCGCGAACCAUGGCGCCGAGAAGCUUGGCCUUGACGGGCGUGGCAAUGGUGCUUUCGGUGGUGGGCGCGGCGUGGGCGGCUUCCACGCCUUUUUGCAACGAGCGCCAGACCAUCGUGCACCUGUUCGAGUGGAAAUGGGCCGACGUCGCCAGCGAGUGCGAGGACAUCCUCGGGCCGGCGGGCUUCUGCGGGGUGCAGGUGUCGCCGCCGCAAGAGCACAGACUGAUGCCGGGGCAGCCGUGGCAGCAGCGCUACCAACCCGUGUCUUACCACCUGGACUCUCGCUCCGGGUCUCGGACCGAGUUUGUGGAUAUGGUGAUGCGCUGCAACAAUGCAGGAGUCAGGGUCCUCGUGGAUGCCGUCAUCAACCACAUGGCGGAGCAGCACACGCAGGGUUACGGGUCCGCCGGCAGCCAUUACGUCGCCGACGACUUCGACUUCCCGCUUUAUCAUGGAGACAAGUUCUUCUCUCCCAAAUUGAACUGCCCUUCGCUCGAUGGAACUGUGAGUAAUUAUGGGAACGAAAACGAUGUGCGCGAUUGCUACCUAGAAGGGAGAAUGGACCUGUACACGGCGGAGACGAUCGUGCAGGACGUGAUUGUGGACUACCUCAACGACCUGCUAGAUACGGGCGUCGCAGGCUUCAGGAUCGACGCCGCCACUCACAUCUGGCCAGAGGAUUUGGGCUACAUUCAGGCCAAGACCAACAACCUGAGUGAGGCUGCUGGUUUCCCCAACGGCGCCAGGCCUUACUUCUAUCAUGACGUCAUCGCGCCCGGGACCGCUAUCACCCCUGCUGACUACUAUCAUCUUGGUGGCGUGACGGAGGCGCAGUAUGGCAAGAAGGUAGCAUUGGCAGUGAACGACUUCUCGCUGCUAGAGAACAUGUACGACCCCGCGUGGGAGAUGGCGCCUCCCGCGAACGCAGUCGUCUUCGUGGACAGCCACCUGAGCCAGCGAGACAACUCCAUUCCCGCAGGCGAGCUGCUGACCUUCCGCAGUCCGCGGGAGUACCGCAUGGCCACGGCCUUCAUGCUGGCCGACGACUACGGCCUGGCCCGAGUCAUGAGUAGUUACCAGUUCGCUUCCGACGAAGAAGGGCCGCCCAUCGACGCCCUCAACAACACGCUCGACGUGAUCACCGACGCCAACGGCGACUGCUUGGGCGGGUGGGUGUGCGAGCACCGCUGGCCACCCAUCCUCAACAUGGUAGAGUUCAGGAACAAAGUGGCAGGACGAAUCGCAGUCGCUUUGAAGUCCUCCCUUCGGGCGCCGUCGUUCUGUCGCGCGGAGACCGGGGCUUCUUCGCCAUGGCUCCCUUGGGCGUCAUGGACGAGCUGUUGGAUACAGCAAGGGUGGCCACCCAUCCUCAACAUGGUAGAGUUCAGGAACAAAGUGGCAAGGACGAAUCGCAGUCGCUUUGAAGUCCUCCCUUCGGGCGCCGUCGUUCUGUCGCGCGGAGACCGGGGCUUCUUCGCCAUGGCUCCCUUGGGCGUCAUGGACGAGCUGUUGGAUACAGGCUUGCCGCCGGGUGACUACUGUGAGCUAGUGAGUGGCUGCGGUGUGGAGUUCACCGUAUAUGCGAACGGGUCGGCCCAAAUCACCAUCGCCGACUUCGAUGUGCCCUUCGUCGCCAUUUGCGUGGGCUGCGGAGCUGCCCCGGGCAUUUCUACAACCGAUGAUCUAACAACCACAGAUGAAAUGACAACCACAGAUGGAUUCACUAUUACAAGCGAUAUGACAACCACAGAUAUGACAACUUAUGAAAUUACAACAGAUACAAUUACAACUAUAGACACAGCCACGCCAUUAGUCACAACCACGCAUACAAUUAUCACAACAAAUGAACUCACCACAACUGAGGAAAUAACAACUGAUGAUAUUACCACAACAGAAGUAAUAACAACCACCGAUGGAAUUACCACGACAGAGGAAAUCACAACCACGGAUGAAAUUACAACCACGGAUGAAGUCACAACCACGGAUGAAAUUACAACCACGGAUGAAGUCACAACCGCAACCCAAUCCCCGUACCAGCGAACAGUGAUCUUCAUGCACAAGAAGGUGUACGACGACCAGUACGUGUUCCUGCGGGGCGGCCUUGACGAGGACAACAACCUCGACUGCAGCGGCCCCCCGGCGGCGACGGACGUGUGCGCGCUGCCCUUCGCCCCGCGCUCCCUCGGCGACGCCCCCCACUAUGACAAGUACAACGCCUGGCGCGACGGCGACCGCUUCUUCGACUGGUUCGGGGCCGAGCCGGGGCAGGGGAGCUACCAGGGCACCCCUGCGUCGGGCUCUCCUGCUGCCUGGACCACGAGCGAGCCCGGCGCUCAGGGAUACCAGGAGCUCAACGUGUACGGCGAGGACUACUGGAUGCUCGACAUGGACCUCGACUGCACACGGACGGAGAACAGCUGGUUCGAGGUGAAGGGCUGGCUCGAGUUCGCCGGAGGGUACACGGGCUGGGAGUCCAACGUCGUGCAGCAGGAGUGCUCUGGGGACAUGGGAGGGCAGCCGCCCUUCCCCUCCAUCGACCACAUGGCUCGCUGCGGCCACAUCAACGUCUUCACCUGGAACGAGGGCGACUGCGUCAUCUCCUCCUUCCCCAGCGUUACAACGGCCACUUCGGAGGCAACCACGGCUGCCACCCCGAACACGACCCACAGUCCUGGAUCAACUGCGACUGCCGGUUCUUCAACUACAACUUCAGAACCUUCGACUACGACAGAAUCGCCGAUCAAGCGCACCGUCAUUUUCAUCGAGCAGCACACUAUCGAUGGACAGAACGUGUUUCUGAGAGGAGGCUUCGGUGAACCUCUUACACCAUCUCUCAGUUGUGGUUCUGAUGGGGAACCUGUAGAGAAUGAUCCAUGUGCCAUUCCAAUCACCACUCGCUCAUUAGGCACCAGCACACACUAUGAUGGUUACAAUGACUGGCGUCAUGGUGACAACUAUUUGGACUGGCAUGGGGCUGAGCCAAAUCAAGGUUACCACAAUGGCAUGGCUGCUGCAGGAACACCUUCUGCCUGGACAACCAGUGACUACAACCAUCCUGGCUACCAAGACCUUAAUAUAUUUGGGGAAGCCUACUGGAUGGUGGACCUUGAGCUUGACUGUUCCUCGAUCCAUGAUGGGUGGUUCGAGUUCAAAGGUUUCCUGACUGGUAACGCAGGGCAGUUUUCUGGCUGGGAGAAUGAUAUUCACCAGGAAGCAUGCUUAGGUCCAGCAGGAGACAGCCCAUCCUUUUCGUCUAGUAAUCACAUUGCCAAGUGUGGAUUUGUCAAUGUUUUCCAUUUUGACAAAAAUAAUUGUGCUAUUUAUGGCUUCGAUGAUAUCUUUAAAUAGACACAAUAUGUGUACUUGAACAUUCUAUAACACCUAAGGAAGGGAAAUUAAACUCUUUGUCUUGUUACAUCCUUUCUUCCAAAAUAUUCCAUACAAAAUACAUCAGCAAUACCCCAAAGAAACUAGAAAAUUGAAGCAACUGGCUGUCCCUUGCUCCUAUGCCUUAUGCCAACCUCCAUUCACCUGCAGCAAGAAGAAGCCGACUGACAUUCCACCCUGUCAAAUUGAGAUAAUAUUUAUGCCUGAGACUUAAGAAUAAUAACAGAACUUUCAGGGGAAGAAAGUUAGCUUGUCAUGACUUUUCCAAUAUUUGGUCUUUGUUUACAAGUCAGUAAAGGCAAGAAAUAAAUCUUCAUCCAGCAUUUACUCAACAAAAUAUAAUACACAUACACAUAAAUUUGUAUAACCCAGGAGCACACACCUCAUAAUGAUUAACAAAUUAAGUUUUUUAAAUAACUCUUACGUGUACCUUUAGCACUGAGCUCCAGCAGGAAUGAUGGAAACAGCCUCUGUGCAUACACCUUCACAUGUGGGAUAAUGUUGUCCACAUCAGAGGACUCUGUCAAACCCUCAGCAACAAAUUCUGCAGAUACUUGAACACCCUGCAACAACAUUUGAUAACUGUUAAAAGAAUCUGAAUAAAAGAAAUAUCAUAUGAAUCUUUAA